AUGAAAUCUGAAAAUGGAUGCAAGCAGAAGCAAUGGAAAAGGAAUCAGAGAGACUUACUGGCGUCUGAGGCAGUGGUUGGUAUUGGCGGUACUUACUCAGUGAGUGUUGCUUUGCCAAGGCAUGACAGCGAUACUGAUCUUCUUCGCAAGGUGGCGGUGGCGGUGGCUGUGGCAGUGGCUUGUCUUCUAUAUCGGGACGAGUAG